GGAGCCGGGCAGCAUUCCCUGGAGCAUCGGGCCUGACUUCCGCCGGGGCGGUGCUGGUGCUGGUUCUGGUGCUGGUGCUCCGGCAUCGCGGUGUGGGGCUGGAGGCACCGCCAGCCCGCUGCCAGCGGUGCAGAGCCGGUCCCCGGUAGGGCCUCAGUCCCCCCGCCGCCGCCCCUCUGCGGGACGCCCGUGCCUGAGAGCUUGGGCCCGGCGCCUUGCACUGGGGUUAGCUCCGAGCAGCCUUCUUGGUAACGAGAUCAUUGUAUCUUGUUAUCCAAGCUGAAGGAGAAAGGAUGAGUAAGAGCAAGGACGAUGCCCCGCAUGAGUUGGAGAGCCAGUUCGUUCUGCGGCUGCCGCCGGAAUAUGCCUCCACUGUCCAGCGGGCAGUACAGUCUGGGAACGUCAACUUGAAGGACAGGCUCACCAUUGAGCUACAUGCCGACGGGCGCCAUGGGAUUGUCCGUGUUGACCGGGUGCCACUGGCAGCCAAGCUGGUGGACCUGCCCUGCAUCAUUGAGAGCUUAAAAACCAUUGAUAAGAAAACCUUCUAUAAGACAGCAGAUAUUUGCCAGAUGCUUGUUUGCACUGUGGAUGGUGAUCUCUAUCCACCUUUGGAAGAGCAAACUGUGAGCACUGACCCAAAGGCAAACAAGAAGAAGGAUAAGGACAGAGAGAAGAAAUUCAUCUGGAACCAUGGCAUCACUCUUCCCCUGAAAAAUGUCCGGAAGAGACGAUUCCGGAAGACAGCCAAGAAGAAGUAUAUUGAGUCUCCUGAUGUGGAAAAAGAGGUAAAACGACUCCUGAGCACAGAUGCUGAAGCUGUGAGUGUCCGCUGGGAAGUCAUCGCAGAAGAUGAAACAAAAGAAGUAGACAACCAUGGUUCACUCACCAGCCUGGACAUCUCCUCUCCAGGGAUGUCAGGACAUAAGCAAGGCCAUGGCUCCUCAGAACAUGAUGAACUGCGGGAGAUAUUUAAUGACAUCAGCAGCAGCAGUGAAGAUGAAGAUGAGAGGGAUCAUCAUGAUGAUGAAGACCUGAACAUCAUGGACACAGAGGAGGACUUGGAGAGGCAGCUGCAAGAGAAGCUGAAUGAGUCUGACAGACAGCAACAGGAGAAUGAGGGGUCCAACCAGAUAGUCAUGGGGAUCCAGAAACAGAUUGACAACCUGAAAAAUAAACUCCAGGAGACCCAGGACAGGAGGAAGCGCCAGGAAGAUCUCAUCAUGAAGGUGGAGAACCUAGCCCUCAAGACCCGGCUCCAGGCUGUGCUAGAUGAGUUCAAGCAGCAGGAAGAACGAGAGAAGCAGCAGAUGACAUCUCUGCAGGAGCAGCUGGAGUCCCUUAUGGAUAAGUGAAGAGUGGGCCUGCAUCUUUGUACUUGCCAGCAGACCUGGAAGAGUUGUUCAUCUGCCACGCUCCAGUCUUUGCUCUGGUCACACCUUUCUGCUGCCAGAGGCUCCUUGUCCAGAGCUGCUCUCACAUACAUUGUGCUGAGCUUGGCUGGUGAAAAUAAGCAAUUGGACUAUGUCUGUGAGAGCAGCCAAAAUACUGGAUUUACUGUAAAUAUUCAGCACCAUUGUCCCAGAGGGGUUUGGUUCUCCUGGGACAGAGCAGUGCAGCUUAGUCUUGGACUUGAUGGGUUGUGGCCUGGUAGGAACUUGUGUUUGAGGAAUGUUUUUUGUCUGCAAACCAGACUCAAUAAAGUAGUUCCCAGCCUGGA